AUGAAUGACACAAGGAACAAAGGCAAGGGACGGAGCAUGAACACUCUGAUGAACAAGGAGAACAUUCAGGUUAAGCAAAUACGAAAUGUUCAUCUCGCAUGGAAUUGUGGAGAACAGAUGGAGCAAGUGGGCGCCAGCCACUAUCACAACAACCGCAACCACGAAACUACCCCCAACCACAGCCAUCGAACGACCCACAACCACAACAACCACAGCCACCGAACGACCCACAACACCUCAGCCACCGAACGACCCACAACAACCACAGCCACCGAACGACCUACAACCACAACCACCGAACGACCCACAACCACAGCCACCGAACGACCCACAACCACAACAACCACAGCCACCGAACGACCCACAACCACAGCCACCGAACGACCCACAACCACAACAACCACAGCCACCGAACGACCUAUAACCACAACCACGGAACUACCCCCAACCACAACAACCACAGUCACCGAACGACCCACAACCACAUCAACCACAGCCACCGAACGACCCCCAACCACAACCACAACAACCACAACCACCGAACGACCCCCAACCACAGCCACCGAACGACCCAUAACCACAACAACCACAGCCACCGAACGACCCACAACCACAUCAACCACAGCCACCGAACGACCUAUAACCACAACCACGGAACUACCCCCAACCACAACACCACAGCCACCGAACGACCCACAACCACAUCAACCACACCGAACAAGGGGCGCCGGACGAGUGUCCCACCGAACGACCUAUAACCACAACCACGGAACUACCCCCAACCACAGCCACCGAACGACCACAACCACAUCAACCGAACGACCCACAACCACAACAACACAGCCACCGAACGACCACAACCACAUCAACCGAACGACCCACAACCACAUCAACCACAGCCACCGAACGACCACAACCACAUCAACCGAACGACCCACAACCACAUCAACCACAGCCACCGAACGACCUAUAACCACAACCACGGAACUACCCCCAACCACAGCCACCGAACGACCCACAACCACAUCAACCGAACGACCCCCAACCACCGCCACCGAACGACCCCCAACCACCGCCACCGAACGACCCACAACCACAGCCACCGAACGACCCACAACCACCGCCACCGAACGACCCCCAACCACCGCCACCGAACGACCCACAACCACAUCAACCGAACGACCCACAACCACCGCCACCGAACGACCCCCAACCACCGCCACCGAACGACCCCCAACCACGACAAGUUCCCCACCCGCGCACUGCUACCUUCACGCACUCGGAGACCACAGGGGAGAGACAGGUAAGAAAGCAAGGGCGGCGGAGGAGACAGAAGGUGCCCCGCCCGCGAGCUCCUCCAGCAUUUCCAAUUUUACCUUCGCCUCCAACCGCAAGACUAAGGUUUCAAGAGCUCCACCGCACGUCACGGGGCUCCCGGAUCACCUUCCCCACGCGCCGCAGCUGUUGUCCGCGGUGGCGUCCGAGGCCUUCCUGGGGCCACACUUGCCCCGCGGCGCCUGCACCCUUGGCCUUCACCCUUCACCCUUCUCCCUUCACCCUGCGCACGGCUCCUCACCCUCACUCUUCACUCUCGCCCCUGCCACUCUCACCCUUCACUCUAUCGCCUCUCCCUUCUCCUCCCCCGCCCCCCUUAACCUUGCACCCUUCACCCGCACCCUCAUCGCUUCCCCUUCACCCCGCACCCCACGCCCCUCCCCUGUGCCCCUCGCCCUGCACCCUCGUUCCCCGGCAUCGCACGCCCUUUGUCCUGCGCCCUUUUCGCCUCUCCCUGUGCUUUUCACCCUUCCCUGGCGCCCUCCACCCGCCGCCCCCUCCGCAGCACGCUUCACUCUAUCCAGUUCACCCUGA